AUCCGCGCCGGCUCCGUGUCGUCUUUGGGCGGCGUGGGACCGAGCAUAGGGCGCAAGGGGUCGACGGUGAUGCACGCCGCGCCGAAGUUCCAAACGCAGCGCGUCGCAUGGCGCGGCCUGACAAUGGAGGCCGCGCAGUGGACCCUCACGUCGCAGCAGCUGCAGCACAUUGUCUCGACCGCGAUCCGCACGUCCGCGGACGCGUCGAUGAUCCGCAUCCUGCCCCUGGAGGCGCUGGAGGAGGAGCUGCCGGCGGAGAUCGAGCGUACGGAGGCGCACAUCGCAGAGCUCAAGACGCGCUACAAGCUCGGUGUGCGCAAGCGGAACACGCUCUUCACGACCGUCGGGCACCUGACGGAACGCGGCGACCCGGCAGAAGCGGCGCGCGCGCUCGAGGAGCUCAGCGACCUCACGGAGAACCUCGACUUCAUCUCGGAGGAGCUCUACAUGGUCACCGACCAGCUCGCGCAGUUGUACCACCUCCGCGACGUCCACGAGCGGUCCGCGCUCGCGAUGGCGCUCCGCAAGCUGAACUCGUCGUUCCUCAAGCAGGUCGGAGAGGUGCAGCGCCUGCGCGAGCAGGUCGCGACGCUCGAGGCGGAGCGCGACGAGGCGUGGCGCGAGGCGCAGGAGGUCGCGCAGGAGUUCGACGACUACACGGAGCGCGUGCUGUCCGAGCCCGGCUCGAGCCGGCCGAAGGACGACAAGGACUCGAUCACGACGCCCUCCCGCCGCUCGUCGCGCGUCACGGUCGCGCGCAAGAACUCGCAGCGCGCGAGCAAGGCCGGCCUGCGCUCAAUGCACCGCCGCUCCCACCGCUCCUCGACGUCGUCCAACCACCGGUACUCGGGCGUCGCCUCGCCCGGCGCCUGGGGCGGGCCCAACGGCGACGAGGAGAUCCCGCCCGUGCCGCCGAUCCCGCAGCGGCGGGACCUGAUGUACUCGGAGCGCAUGCGGCUGUGGUCGCACGCGGACUCGCCGUCGUCGGAGCUGCGGGCGAUGGUGCAGGCGCAGCGGGAGCUGUGCGAGAUGCUUGGGAUCUCGCUCGAGGAGCUCAAGAUCCAGAAUUUGGGCCCGAGCCGGCGGCAGUCGAUGUCUGCCAUCCACGGGGCGCGGAGCCCCGUCAGCCCGGCGCUGACGCGGAGGAACUCGGACAUCAUCACGCCGAACCACCAGAAGACGUUCAAGUCGACGGGGUCGUCGUAG